UUUUUAUUGUUUGUACCAUUAAGACUUACGAACUGUAGACGCGUAGGAUUUAUAAAUCAAUAAAUUUGAAACUAGGUAUAUACUUACUGGCAGAACAAUGGACUCUUUCAAGAUAGUUACAGUGACCAUGUAAUGAGGUAUUAGACAACAAACCAUGGGUUCCGGGUCAAGUACACAACCUCAACAGCGACCUCAGUCAUCACCGAACAAAGUAAACGGCACUGCUAGUCAGCAUGAUGCACCUGACUCGAGACCACAAACAACAGGAACAGAAAAGAAGCCACAGAAACCACAAGUUCCUCCUCCAUGUCCCCCUAAACGACGGAAAGCUGAUGUCUUUCAGUUGUCAAAAUAUACACAUGUUGACGAUUAUUCACUAAAUUCACCACCAAAUUUACUUGUUGGUACCUUCAAAGAGCUGAUAGGAUACUUAACAAAGAAUCCAGAAUGGGAUGACAUGUGUAAAGUUCGCGCCAUUUUCAGAUGGGUCUCGUCUGUAGAUGUGUACAGUCUGAAAACAGAAAAUGACCCUCCUACGCAUUCACCACUGGAAUAUUUUAUAAAGAUUCAAAAGAACAUGGGAAACCACGCCCAUCUUGUUUCUGGUCUAUGUCAAAUGGCAGGAAUACCCUGUGUAAUUAUCAGUGGUAUGAACAAGAGUGCAGCAUAUGAAGUCGGCAGUAAAGUAGACCGUAAAAUGAUGGGUGCUCAAUGGAAUGCCGUAUAUAUUGAUGGCGAAUGGCGCUUUAUCGAUGCCUUCUGGGCCUCUGCAUGUGUUGUUGGUAAAAAGUCAGGCGAAUGGACUUUAGUGGACACUGAUGGUAACGUGACCCAGGACGACGAAGAAACUUCUGAAGGAGAAACACAACACAGAGUUAAUGAGUUUUAUUUCCUGCCUGACCCCGACCAGUUAAUUUGGACACACUUUCCUGACGAAAAGGCAUGGCAACUUCUGGAGAAGCCACAUACUGUUGCUGAAUUUGAGAAUCAUACUUAUAUCCGUGAAAGAUUCUAUUAUCUUGAUAUGUUCUACACAGACAAGACUAAAGAACAAUGCAUGUUAACUGCAAGUAAAGGAGAAGUUGGGCUCGAAUUUGGAUUGCCUAAAGAGAAAAGUGAAUACUUCAGAUUUAAAUACAUGCUAUAUCAAAACCGAGCGGAAAGCGGAUUGGAUGGAGGCAACCUAUCGCUUGAAAGAUUCGUAAUGUUCGAGCAUAAUUCCGAUUUAUUAAGAUUUGCAUUACGAUUCCCGGUUGCCGGUAAAUUUAAGAUGGACGUUUUUGGGUUAGAUGAACGAGAAUCUGAUGUAUUUGAUCUUUGCUGUACAUAUCUUAUUUCAUGUUCUGACCCUCAAAAGAACUGUAUGCCUCUUCCAGAUUGUCCGGAAAUUGGUUGGGGUCCUGGCGUUGAAGCGAAGAACGCAGGUCUCAAAGCUAAAUCGCACGAUGGAGCAAUUAUCAUAUCAAAAGAUGGAAGGGUUGAUAUCAAACUUGGUGCACACAAAGAUGUCCGUCUUCACCAACUUCUUAAAAAUGCUAUUGUUGAUGAGGCCACACUAAGUAAAUACGCAGUAAUCAGAGAGGAGAAUGGCGAAUUCACAGUGCAUCUACGUCUACCACAGGAUGGAGAAUAUGCAAUGAAACUUUAUGCAAAUGACGAAGGUGAAGACGGAGAUGCAUCAAACGUCUUGAACUAUCUGAUCAAAUACAUAGAAAAAGGAACAAACGAACCAUUCCCGAAUAUCACGGAUGGCAAGAUCGGUAAGAAAUCCAUAGCUGAUAAACUGGGAGUAAAGGCAAUCAGUAAUCCGGGCGGCUCAGUAGUUACGAAGGACGGCAAAGCAUCUGUCACCUUUAAAGCUAGAAACGACGUCGAACUUGUGUGUGAAAUACAUAGUCAAGAUCCAAACGCUAGGAAACACAUGAUAGUUAAACCUACAAAUAAAAAUGGCACUUGGACAUUUGAUAUGGACAUGCCAAUUGAGGGCGAGUAUUCUCUUAAUAUAUUUGCUCGGGAAAAGGGCAACCCGUCAAGUGUUUACAACGUUCAUUCCUACCUUAUAGAAUCAGACGGACAUGCUAUUGACGAGGAGAAGGCAGACCAAAUGAAGGGCGAGCACAGCGAACCAAAUGUUAUUACAGAGACUGUGGAAACAUCUGAGCCUGAAAUUUUGAUUCCCGCUCCGACUGGUUACGAUAAUGUGGUCGCCUGUUUCCACAGACGACACGCAGAUGAUUCACCAGAUAAUGACACCGUUAAAUUGAUGGAGCAAGAUGGACUAAAACUUUUCCUGACAAAACUUGAAGACUUUGGAGAAUAUAUGAUGGAUAUAUAUGAAAGGGAUGCCAACGGAGUUCUUAUGCAUUUAGCUAGGUACCAAAUAAACAGAAAACCAGCUUCAGAGUUGUACAAAGAUGACGCUAAAAUGUUGAUGGAACAACUUCUACAGAAACCGGACACAGAGGAAGAAUUAUUCGAUGAUAAUGAUAAUAAAGAGGAAUCAGAUGACGAAAAACAGCGACGAAAUGCCAAAAAAUUAAUGGAUAGAGCAAUGCAACAGAAAGAUCAAUAUUCUCUAGAGAAGGCGAUUGCAAUGUAUGAAAACGCCGGCGGCAAAGACGAUGAAUAUGUUAAGAAGGCAAGGAGAUGGUUGGAACUUUUGCAAGCUAAAGAAGAGUUGCAAAACGCAGCACAGAGAAGAGAACUGGAUGCCCUUGAUAAAGCAUUGGCAAGAGCAAAGGCAGCGAACUUUGACAACCAGUUGGACUUGCAAAUAGUUGUGGCACAAAGACUCCGUGACCAGUUAGCCAGGAUAGAAAAACUUCGUCAUUCAGUGUUGAACAUGGACCAGAAGACUAUUGCUGAGAUCAGGACCUAUUCUAACCCACCAGAGGGUGUACAUCAGUCACUUAUGGGAGCAUUCUUGUUAUUAGGACAUCCAAUGAAAGAAGUUAAGGUGUGGAGAACAUGUCAGAGCAUUCUGGGUAAAACUGGAAGAGAAUCUGUAAUGAGAAAGAUUCAGAAGUUUGACCCCAAGGAUUGUUUCUUAGCAGCAGCUUUACAGUCCAAAAAGGUCAUUUCAGAUUACACUCUCGAACAUAUACGAGAUGUCAGUGCUGGUGCAGCAACGUUCUUUGUAUGGGCAAAAGGAAUGAUUGAAGAAGUAGAAUCUACAGGAGGAAGACAAGAAGAAGACCCAGUGACUGGAGCAGCUAAACAGUCAAAAGGAAGAAAGAAGAGAAGAUAGAUCUUAAAUAAACAAUCAAGCUUUCAACAUUAACAUUUUCUGUUCAAGCAUAUUUUUGCGUUUGGGCAGACACAUUGUUUCUAUAUAACAAUCAAAUAGACUACAAAUUAAAUUUGAAGUUUGUUUAUUUAUAUUUUAUGUGUCAUGUUUUAAUUUUCAUUCAAAAGAAGAAUAAGGAAUUCAGAUUAAAUGACACCGUGAAUUCAGUUUAAUGAUACCGUCUCCAUUUUAUGAAUUAUUUAUAUUAUAAAAUGAUUAGUGAUAGACGUCUCCGAUUUUAUAUUAUUCUAAAGACAUAUUCUACUAUACAACUGUAAAACAAAGAAUAUCAAUUAAGUGCAAUCAUUAUACAUAUAUAUAUAUAUAUAUAUAUAUACAACUCGUCUAAACAUCAGCCCAAAAAUGUUAGAUCUGUAAAUUUGCUUUCGCAAAUUUUUUGUUCUUCCCUCGCCGGGAUUCGAACUCAUGCUACUGAGAUAUCGUGACACCAAUUUUGUUCUUCCCUCGCCGGGAUUCGAACUCGUGCUACUGAGAUAUCGCAUGAGUUCGAAUCCCGGCGAGGGAAGAACAAAAAAUUUGCGAAAGCAAAUUUACAGAUCUAACAUUGUUGGGCUGAUGUUUAGACGAGUUGUAUAUACAGAAUGUAAACAGCCAUGUAUCACCAUCACUGCUGGUGAUCCGAUGGAUAAAUUUGUUGUAGAGUUGUCACUGGUUCAGAUGUACUUAUAUAUAUAUAUAUAUAUAAAUGUAUAUAUACAUGUAUAUCUAAAAGGAAUGCCUUCAACAUCAGUAUCAUCGUGAUUUAUCAUUUUUCGUAAUCCAUAAUUGCAGAAUUUCUAAUGCAAAUUUAAAUCAAUGUUUCAUUUUUUUAAAUCAAGAAGGAACUUGAAACCAAAGAAGUCCCUAGCUUGUAUUCCCAAAUAUAAUUUUUACAAAUUACCAGAAGUAUACUGAGAACUAAUUUUGAAGAAGUUCUUGAUGAAAUAACUUCAAGCUUUUUUAGCAAUAUUAUUCAUAUAUCUCUGCCAUGACAGGGAACCUCAAAAGUAUAUUAUGAUAGUUAGUGUUUGUUUUUCAGUCAAUCAUAUUUCAUUAUUUCACCCUUUUACAUGGCAUGGUAACAACUCACUCCAAAAUAGCUUCCGUCUGUCGACGACAUAUAUCUUCUGUUUUUUUAAAAUGAUAUUGUUCUAUAUAUCAUAAAUGUGUUACAAGCGUGAAACAUCUUAGUUUUGUAUGAUACAGAAGCAAAUUCACUUUUUGUAUUACAUUUUAGAUGUCUCAUUUAUUUCGCUCUCUCUCCGAUGGAGUAUUUAAUGGCGAAGGUACCCUAAUUGACAUAAAAUAUAUUGGUGUAAAAUAUGAAAAAAAAAUAUUUUCAAUUUUCAAGAAAAGACACAUUUGUUAAUAUUUUAAUUACUGUGAUUAUUUGAAAUUAACUAUAUUCAAAUCUCUUUAAUGGAAAUAACUUAAUUUUGUUGGCUUUUUAUAUUUUGAUUUUAAGGAACUCUUAAGGAAAGCAAUUUUCAAAUAUGUUCAAAGAAUUGAGAAGUUAAAACUAUCACGUAACUGUAUUGCAAUAUAAAAUGCUGAGUGGAAUUUGUAAGAUUUGAAAUCAACAGCCUUUAUUAUUGGUAUUUUCAUUUUAAAAAUUUAAUUAAAAUUGCCGACUUGCUAUUCUGUUGCCUACCAUUUAUUUUUAAGAAUGUUAAGUUCACUAUAUUUUUAGUCUCAGAAACCUUAGGAAUCAGGUAUAAAAUCGUGCACAAGAGUGUGCAGACUACUGUUGUGUUAGUUUUAUUAAAAAAAACGACAUUCCGCUUUGCCAAUAAGAUUAAACGGAGUGAUAUCAAACAACAUUUCAAUUGUGAUAAGUCCAAUGUUUAUUUAAUAUCCGUCCUUUUUAAAAAUCUGUGAUAAAUGAUUGUUAUUAUACUGAAGAAAAAACCAAAUUCCGUUUGGAAACUUCAAAAGCCGUCCUUUUAGAUUAGCAGUCAAGAAUUAAGUUAUAAUUUUUGUAUUUUAUUCUUAUUUUUUUUCAUCUUUUGAAUAAAACUGUUGAUAUAGUCAUUAA